AUGAAAGCCUUUACCGUAACAUCGCUCCUCCAAUCUGCGUCGGCGCCGAACCCGUUCGAGAACGGCGAGAAAAGCGAGCAGGACGAGUGCUCGCCCGACUCCGCCGCAGCCCAUAAAUCAUCGGCGAAGAAGCGGCGACGGAACCGGACCGCCUUCACUUAUGAACAAUUGGCAGCCCUCGAACACAAAUUCAAAACCAAUAGAUAUUUGUCAUUGUGCGAGCGGAUGAAAUUGGCCGUGUCGUUAAACUUGUCCGAAAAUCAGGUAAUCCAUCAGUUUGCUCAUUAAUUCGCAUCACUGGGAAUGGGAGAGGGUUCUUUGGGCGUACGGUAAUAUUGUUUUUUGCUGCGAAUUUUCGAAAAACAAGAUUUUUUAUUUGUGAUAGGCAUUAAAAUUUUUUGUAUUAGUUGAGGAUGGCAAUUUACCCGGUUUAUGUCAAGUUGCCCAAGUUGACCGGUCAAAUUUUGAUUGAAAAAAUAAAAAAAAAAAACCUCUUUUUCGAUUCUAUGCGUAUUUCUGAAGCUAUUUUUUUUUUGAAGAAGAAGCACACUGCACUGUGCAAAAUAAAAAAAAUUUUUUUUGCACAGUGCGAUAUGGGAAGGCUAAAAAAUUUUUUUUGGAGCAAUAUAUUUCUGUAGAAACACCCUAAUAUGUACUAUAUGUUCUCUCUCGUAUUUUAAAACCGUCGUAUUUCUCUAUAAUUCUUGGGUAUUGCAAACUUUCAAAUUUGAGCUUUGCACAGUGCAGCAAUAAAAUGUUGUCAUAGAAUGUUUGUUACAGUAUUUUUUUACCCUAAAAAGGACAGGAAAUGCCCUAGUUAACCACAAAUUUGCCGCUAUCAGACUUUUGAGCAUUUUUUUACAUUCUGCACAGUGCAAAUAAUGAGACUUAAAUUUGCACUGUGCAAGGAAAUCAAAGUUUAUAAAAUAGUUGUUACAGUAACCCAUAAGCGAAAAAUUAUAUAAAUGUGAGAAAUUAGGGUCCAUUUGUUAUCAUCAAAGUUUUUGAGCAAUAUUUUUAAUCGCACAGUGCGGAAAAUUUAAUUUUAUUUUUUUGCACUGUGCAAGAAAAUAAAAGUUUAUAAAAUAGUUGUUACAGUAAUCGAUUAGGUGAAAAAUCACGUUAUUGCUUUGAAAUGACCGUGUAUCUGUCAUCAACAAUUUUUUUGAGUAAUACUUUUCCAUUGCACAGUGCGAAAAAUAAAAUUUCAUUUUCUUCGCACCGUGCAAAAAAAAAAAUUUUUUAACAAACUGGAAUAUUGCAUUUUCACAGAAAAUUUUUUUAGUGUAGGCCUACAUCAUCUCGACGUAUUUUACCCUCAUUUCCAGGUAAAAAUUUGGUUCCAAAACCGUCGCACCAAAUGGAAAAAGUUGAAUCCCGGCCAAUCUCCCCUCAAUUCCGCUGCCAUUGCCGCUGACACCGAGAGUCAAGAGCCCUCAACGCCUUCCAACUCUCCCGAAGCCAUGGAAUCAAUGCCUUACGAGUCGAUCUUCGGCAAACCCUACACGUAUCCCUACUAUUUGGCGGCAAUGAAUUUGUGGUCCGAUCCGAACAUUUUUGCCAAAAAUUUUGGCCUUAAAUCGAUGAAAAAUCCAAAAUUACAGUGA